UUCCAGGCCUGCACCAUGUCUGGAGCCAGCUACCCACUCUCUCUGUUCCUCUGCGGCUGGCACUUGGUUGUCCUGGGAGUCAGCGGGGAGCACUGCCCGGCCAGACAGCCUGAGGAUGACUCUUACGUGGCGGCCGUGUACGAGCACCAUUCUGUCCUGAGCCCAGACCCGCUGGCUCUUGUCAGCCGAGAGCAGGCGCUGGAGAUCAUGAACCAGAACCUGGACGUCUAUGAGGAACAAGUGAUGGCGGCGGCCCAAAAGGGUGUACAGAUCAUAGUGUUUCCGGAAGAUGGCAUUCAUGGAUUCAACUUCACAAGGACAUCUAUUUACCCAUUCUUGGACUUCAUGCCAGAUCCCCAGAUAGUCCGGUGGAAUCCGUGUGAAGAACCCCACCGCUUUAAUGAAACUGAGGUCCUCCAGCGCCUAAGUUGUAUGGCCAUCAAAGGAAACAUGUUCCUGGUGGCCAAUCUUGGGACAAAGCAGCCAUGUCACAGGAGUGACCCUCGGUGUCCCAAAGAUGGGAGAUUUCAAUAUAAUACCAAUGUUGUGUUGAGCAGCAACGGAACCCUGGUGAGCCGCUACCGCAAGCACAAUCUCUACUUUGAGGCUGCUUUUGACACCCCUCUCAAUGCAGAUCUCACUGUCUUCGACACCCCAUUUGCUGGCAGGUUCGGCGUGUUCACCUGCUUUGACAUACUGUUCUUUGAUCCUGCGGUCAGUCUCCUCCGAGAUGUUGAGGUGAAGCACAUAGUGUACCCCACAGCCUGGAUGAACCAGCUCCCACUCCUGGCAGCUAUUCAGAUUCAGAGUGCCUUCGCCAUUGCCUUUGGCAUCAAUGUUUUGGCUGCUAACAUCCAACACCCAUCUUUGGGGAUGACAGGGAGCGGCAUUCACACUCCCCUGCAGUCCUUUUGGUACCAUGACACAGAGAGCUUCCAAGGUCACCUUCUCAUAGCCCAGAUAGCCAAGAACCCCCUGCGGCUCCCAGGGACCCAGAGUGACAGCAGGGAAGGAGACCCAGCCCACAAGAAGUUUUUGAAGAUCUUGGCAGGCAGCCCCCACUGUGACAAGGACGUUCAGGAAGUUCUUUGUGAUGGCGCCACCACCUGGAACAUGAAUUCUCCCCCCACGUUUCAUGCCCAAAUGAUGUAUGACAACUUCACGCUGGUCCCAGUGUGGGAAACAGAAGGCUUCACCAGCGUCUGUUCCGGGGGCCUCUGCUGUUACUUGCUGUACCAGAGGCCCACGAUGUCCAAAGAGCUGUAUGCCCUGGGGGUCUUCGAGGGCCUACACACUGUGCAUGGCACUUACUACCUCCAGGUCUGUGCCCUGGUCAAAUGUGGGGGCCUCAGCUUCGACAGCUGUGGGCAAGAGAUCACAGAGGCCUCGGGGAUGUUUGAGUUUCACCUGUGGGGGAACUUCAGCACUUCCUAUAUCUUUCCUCUGUUUCUCACCUCAGGGAUGACCCUGGAAAGGCCUGACCAAGUAGGCUGGGAGAAGGAGCACUAUUUCCUGAGGAAGAAGCAACUGUCAUCUGGCCUGGUGACAGCGGCUCUCUAUGGGCGGUUGUAUGAAAGGGACUAGAGAAAGUGGGUGCCAGGUCCCACACCUAUAUAGGCUACAGCCACUUCUCUCCCCACAACCCAUUCUGGAAGCUGUGGGAAGAAGUGGGGGAUGAGGAUUUUCUCUAAUCCAUUGUCUCUUCUCCAGAAAAUGUGAAUGAUAGUUAUAUUUUUCUACCUAUUUUAUUUUUGGUAAUCAUAUCUUCCUUCCAAAAAAAAAUUUUUUUUUUUUUGGUUUUUGGGUCACACCCGGCAGUGCUCAGGGGUU